AUGGAGCAGCAGCAGCAGCAGCAGAACAGUUCGAGGAAACAGCCUCCGUUUGCUUCCAUGAUGCCGCCGUUCGGUGGGGGAGGAGCAGGCGGAGGCGGCGACUACCACCACUUCGCCGCCGCUGGUUCUCACCGGCCAGAUCGAGAAUUUGUUGAGACUGUCGUUGUGAAGAGGCUUCCCUCAUUGAAGCGGAAAACUGGAGCAGUCGAUCGUGAUGUAGAAUCCGGUGAGAGAAAUGCAGGAGCUGGAGGUGCUGCUGUCAUCAAAGGUCCACUUCAGACACCACCGUCCGCAACAUCAGGAAAAGCCCGUAAAGCCCCAAGAUCAACUAAGGCCAACAAAGCUUCAUCUCGAAUUCCUGUGUCAAAUGUUGGUUCUCCUGGAGGCAAUAAUCUCACUCCUGUGGGCCCCUGUCGUUAUGAUAGCUCGUUAGGUCUCUUAACAAAGAAGUUCAUCGAUCUGAUUAAACGUGCAGAAGAUGGUAUUCUUGACUUGAACAAAGCUGCAGAUACUUUGGAGGUUCAAAAGAGGCGUAUAUAUGAUAUAACUAAUGUCCUCGAAGGCAUUGGUCUUAUAGAGAAGACACUGAAGAACAGAAUCCAGUGGAAGGGGGUGGACGUCUCAAGACCAGGGGAUGCUGAUGAGAGUAUUUGCAGUUUGCAGGCAGAGGUAGAAAAUCUGAAUUUGGAGGAGCACAAAUUAGACGAGCGCAUAAGAGAAAUGCAGGACAAACUAAGAGGCCUAAGUGAAGAUGAAAACAAUCAAAGGUGGCUUUUUGUCACUGAAGAAGACAUCAAAACCUUACCGUGCUUCCAGAAUGAAACUCUGAUAGCAAUUAAAGCUCCUCAUGGAACUACAUUAGAAGUUCCAGACCCUGACGAGGCCGUGGAUUACUCACAAAGGAGGUACAAAAUAGUUCUUCGCAGCACCAUGGGGCCCAUAGAUGUUUAUCUCGUUAGUCAAUUUGAGGAAAACUUUGAGGAGGCGCAUGGUGUUGAGGCCCAAGCAAACGAUCCGGAAGCAUCAGGUGCCAAUGAGGAUGCGCCUGCACCCUUACCAAUAGAGAAUGUUAGAGGAAAUGAAAUUGAUAUGCAGGGAAUAGCAGGUCAAAGAAUGUGCCCAGACGCUAGUACAUCACAGGACUUUGCGGGUGGAAUGAUGAAAAUCGUACCGGAUGUCGAUAGUGAUGCUGACUAUUGGCUGUUGUCUGAUGUGGAUAUAAGCAUCACCGACAUGUGGAGGAUUGAAUCUGGGAUCGACUGGAGUACCUUAGAUGUGAUUCCCGAAGAGAGUGGCAUGGCUAAUGUCACCACACCACGAGCUGAGAACCCUACACCAAAUACAUCCGAUACACAAUCUUUCGUGCCGGGAGAACAAACUCCACCUCCAACUACAUCGACUACGCCUUUUGCUACUGACACCACAGGGAGUUAA